UAACUAGCGAGAGCGACGUGUUUCUCUCCUGUAAUAUUUUAAAAAUAAUCAACUUGCUGUGGUUUGAAGUAAAUCCAGCUCUAAUACAUCCUAUUUGAUUUUUUUGUUGGUAUAGUUUAGUAUCCUAGCUAACGCUAUCUUUGCUAGCAUGGCGAUCGGAAAAUGAAUCCCUUGACGAAAUGAACUGUUGAAAGCCAACACAAUAGGACUUGAUAACAGAUGUAGAUCCAUUCCUAACAAGUAUGUUUAAAAACAAAACAGCUUGGUUCUCAAUUAGUGUAAGGACAGAUAUUUCCACUUUUUGGGUGUCUCAUGGUGGUGGUAUCUCCAGCUGGAGGGCAGCCGAUUACCUCUUCAGUGACGACGCCUCCUGUCCUGACACAGAAAGGAUACACACUAGCGAGGACUAUGCGAUGGACAGAGCCACAGUGUUCCACAGCGCCUACCUCACGACAUGUAAACUACGAGGGAGCGCAAGAUCAGUGCCACUUGGUCACUAUCUGCUGCCUCCACUAUCUAUUCAGAGAGAGAUAAAAUCUAUGAUUGGAAGAUUCAUUUGGGAGCAGAAUGAGCUAUCAAGAGAGGCUAUGCCACAUGGAAAUGGAAGCGAUCAGCAGUUGUGGAACUUUCAACCUACUGAUAGACAAAGUCUAAUGAACAAGGGAAAGAUAAGCCAGGAGAACUGCAUGAAAAUAUCACCACCAAGAGAAGAGUCAGGCUGUUGUGAGGUUCAGCUCUAUCCUGUAAACAACAUGGAUUCAGGAUAUGUGCAUAUUGACCAGCUAAAAAAAUACUCAGGGGAACUGCAUGAUUUCUUUCCCACCUGCUUGGGUUGUUCCAUCUCUACAUCUCACAGUAGGAGACAUCCUUAUCAACACAACGAAAGAUAACAAUUGUAACAUAUUUUCAUUUAUUAAGAAAGUUAAAAAAAAAACAAUCAUUUUGAGGCUAGAAA